CUACCUUGAGUGUAUCUACCUUGUUUGAUGUGUGGAAUUUCGCUGAAAAUCGUUGACAGGUACUUUGUUGUUCUUUUUCACAGGCCAAAACAACGUGAAUUGGAACAAAAUGGCCUUUGCUGGUAGCAUACUCACAUCGCUGGCAAAAUGCUUCUGGAAACCGCAAGUUACCGCUGUCCGGUAUCGCUAUCAUGCCGACAAAGUGGCUCGCGGACCGCUCAUUCGGCGGUACGGUUAUGAGGACAAAAUACUGCAACGGGGUCUUCUACCCCAUCUAGAUAACGGACAGAAGCUGCCAAUGCCCGAUUACAAACCCAAGAACGCUUGGUGCGAGAAACGUGCACUGUUCGGCCAGAACGAUUAUAUCGAUAUUCUUGGCGACGAUCGGCUCCAUCCUACCCGUGUGCUGUACUCUGUGCCGGCUUGGCUCCGCGGUGUGUCCGGCAACGAGUAUCAGGUGCUGCUGCGAAAGCGAAAAAUGCUUAGCCGGACGAUCUACCCGGUCGCCAGGCCAACGAAAUGGCGUGAUAUGGAGAAGCGCAUUUCAUAUCUGUACCGCUUCCUGAACCGAAAAACGAAGACAGGAUUUUCGAAUGUGUAAGAUUGCAUCGUUACUCGCACUAGUAUCUCCUACUAUAGACAUUUAAUAAAAUGAAAUUGGUGGCUUUAUUCAA